UAUGUAUAACUUUAUUCUUUCUUCGAUUAUAAUCAUAGAAGAGCACCAGGUUUUAUUUUACUAUAAUAAAAUUAUACUUUUUUUCACAGUUAUCGUACAAGACCUUGAAGUAAUUCAUCGAGCGCCUAUGAAAUAAGAACCGGUUUUUCCCGAUAAUUAUUUCUCACUACUUCAGGGCUCAGCGCACUGCACUUUUGAAAUAGUUGCUAAGCAACCGGUGGUUGUGUUUGAUUGGAAAAAAUCGAAGAAUCUGUUACUGCUGUUUGUUAUUAUUCUUUUCUUUAAGUUUUACGCUAUUUAACUCCGAUCUUGGUUGUUAUCUAGACAGCCAUGGCGCAGAAUGUACUAGCAAUUCAUCAAGAUGUAGGUUCAAACGACAAUAGUAUGUCGACGAAAGAAUUUCUUCAAUUCGAAAAGACCUGUGAGGCUUACAAAGGCAGUGAUGAGGAAAUAAGAUACAUUUUUAAUGAAAUAAAAAAGUUAACUUCUCCUAACAAGACCGAGAAAGUCAUAAGUGAUGAUGUUGAUGACGUAGAAUUAAUUUUGAAGAGGGCAGAAGAUUUAGCGCAAGAAACUAAGAACUUACUGAAGGCUACCCCUGUAUCGCCGAAUGUGCCUAGUAGGCCUAAAACUCCGGUGUUUAGUCCAGAUCCUGAGGCUAUUCCUCAAAUUAAAGUGACCAAGCCUAAUGAGACUGAAAUGGAGAUUCCUGAACACAAAGAAUAUAAUAAUAAUAGUACCAAGGCUAACCAGUAUGCUAAACAAAAUACUAAAGAAAACACUGAAACUCGUCGCAAACCAAAGCUAAGGCCUUUCUCCGCAGGCGUCAUCGAUUCUAAGAAACGAGAAACAACGAAAGCUUCCAAGUCUAUAUCAAGUUCACCUAAAAAAAUAAACCUUUGCAAACAUGAGAACUUGAUAGAGGAAUUCAAAGACACGAAGGAAAGAGCUAAGAGUUUGGAGCUGAUGAACGUUCAGCUGACAGAAGACAACAAAGCCUUAAGAAAGAAGGUAGAACAGUUGACUGAAGAUAAACAUGUAGUGGAUUUAAAGCUAGCGGAAUGUGAAAAGUUUGUAGGCAGACUUGGUAGAGAAUAUGAAAACAGGAACACUGAACUGAAAUCCGUGAAAGAAAAUGAAAAUAGAAUUCUAGUAGAGUUAAACAAAGAACGUAAUGAUAAGAAGAACUUUACAAUACAACACGAGAAAGAUUUAGUUAUUAUACAAGAUUUACAACGUCAAGUUAAAGAAAUGGAGAUGAUAUUAAAAAGAAAGCAUCCUGAUUCUGUAUCAGCAUUGAUAGUGGCAUCUAAAUCAUCAACUGUCGAAGACAAUAAGAAAAAGCUGCUAGAAGAACGCAUAGCUCGACUAGAGCAAGAGUUAAAAGACAAAGAAGAUCAUUUCCAAGGUAUACUACUAACACUACAAGAGAAGUUCGGUGAUAUGAAACAGAAAUACGAAAGCCACAUCAUAGAUGUUGAGAGACAACUAAUGGACGAUCGAAAAGUCAAUACAGAAUUAAAAAACAAAUUGAAUAGAACAAAUCUGACUGAUUCAGCUACUCAAACGUUACCGCGGAAUAAGCACACAGUAUCUACGCAAACCUUUAUCAAACCUGAUCGGGCUUCGUCAGCUGUUAGCAGACUGUCUCAAAAUUCUACGCUUAUUUUGAACAGACUGAAAGAGGAUAGCUACUUAGUAGCAACAAUCAAAGGUUUGCAAUCAGAAUUGACUGUCAAACAACGAACUAUAGCUAAGAUAAAUCGAGAGACUGAAGAGCUUAGGAAAAAUUUACGCAAUUUACAAAAGGAAAAGGAAGUGUUGCUGCACUUGAACCCGCACAAAAAGACUGCUUGCAAAUCGAAGUCGACCGAGAACAUAUUGGCGCGAAUGAACACGGAAAUGGAAGCCGAACUGUCGGAAAUCAAAAAACAAAAGGAAGUCCUAGUGCAAGAGCGGAACACGCUCCUCGACUCGCUCAAACGUACGAACGAGGAAUUCAUAUUGUUGAAGAAAAAAAGGAUUCAAGACCUUCACACUCUCCAACUGGCACACGAGAAGGAGUUAAUGCAAAUGAACACGCAAGUUUACCCUCUCCAAGAAGAGAUCAAACUCCUGAACCGGACGGUUGAGAUCCUUCAGGAGCGAGUGCGGUCAGCUGACGACAAAAUGCUGCGCUACCAGGCUGGCAUAAAAGACGACGUUCACGCCGGCGGCGACAACAACGCUUCUAAGGGAAAACGAGACAUUCGCUGAGCAGCCGUCAGUGUCGUAAGAUAUGGUUUACAGUUACCCGCUAACUGUUGUUCGGCGACCAAGUAGGUUGGUAUUGGAAGCUAAAGAUUUGGAUUAUUUUGGUUUGUAUUUGUAUCAUGUGUUCACUAGGUAAUGUUUAAGUAAGCGUAACUGUUUGCGAUAGCAAGUGAGGGACUGAUUUUUAUCGCGCUGUUCUACAGUUUAAAGUUACGUAGAAUGGGCCUAGAAAUAAAUGAUUCUAACAUUUUCUCUGUUCUGUUUAGAUUUUUAUAAGCUUAGUUUAUGUAUUUGAAUUGUUCGCUUUCUGCAAUCGCACAAAUAAGCGUUGUGAUUUAGCGUUGCGUUCCAAAAAUUUCAAAUCGUCGUUUUCACGCACACAAAAAACAUAUACGGGUCCAUAAACAUCAUGCUUAGCAGUUACAUAAUAAUAUCACAAAUUAUAUGUAGUUCGAACAGAUGAUUUAUUUUCAACGUUAUUAAAGGAAAAAUGAGGAGUUUAAAAUAGUAUUUUUCUACGCACAUGAUUCCUGAUUUUAAGUGUUCUGGGGUUUUUCGGUUUGCUACUGAGUCACAGACUAGUAAUUAAAUAUUUUACUACAGGGAAAACUAAAUACAAAACAAAAGUAUACUGUACAAAACAUUGAAUCACCUAAUAACUUAUUUAUGCCUAUUAAAUAAUACU